AUGGUCGCAUCCAGCAAUUUCCUGUCUGACAGUCAGUUCCAAUGCUCCAUCUGUCUGGACCUCUUCACAGAGCCCGUCUCUACUCCAUGUGGACACACCUUCUGCAAGGACUGUCUGACCAGGUACCGGGCAGACAACAAGGAAUGUCACUGUCCUCUGUGCAAAAAUAAGUUCAACAAGGACCUCAAACUAUCCGUCAAUACCACAUUCAGGGAGGUUGUGGAGAAUUUUAGGAAACAUCACAAGAUGGCUGACGUUGCAUCCUCAGUAAAACCCUGGGAGGUAUCAUGUGACUUUUGUCCAGCGAGGAAGCGCAGGGCCGUAAAAACCUGCCUGGUGUGCUUAGCCUCGUUUUGUGAAACACAUUUAGAGCCUCACCUGAGAGUGGCUGCCUUGCAAAGACACGAACUGUCAAAUCCUGUUACCGACCUGGAGGAGAGAAUAUGCACGGAACACAACCGGCUUUGCGAGUUCUUCUGCUUGAAUGAUCACGUUUCUUUUUGUGCCCUGUGCACAGAACAUAUUCAUCACCACAGCGUCAGGUUGAAUGAAACAUGUGUGGAGCCACCUCACCUUUGGAGGAGGACAGGGACUGAACAGAAAAAUAACCAAGCACAGAAAGCAGGGGCAAAGGGCAAAAACAAGGGCAAAGGUAGAAGAGCAGAGAAGGGGAAGGCUUCCCAUUCUGAUCCAGGCAUCCAUGGAGGAAAAGCUCUUUCUGAGAUUCAAGUCAACGGAAAGGACGGCUAUGCCGAAGUGAAGGAAUUCGUCAAUGCCAACAACUUCCCUCCUUCACCACACCUUCGGUGA